UCAGGUGCAAUUGGCCGGCGGCGCGCGGAGAAGUUUGACAGCGCGGAGCUCGCGCAUCGUCGCCACCAAGAGCUGAACACGUGACCAUCCCCGCCUGAAGCCCGCGGAACAACCCGUCGUUAACCACAGUUACAGGACGAUACCGUCAGGUUUUGGAUAUUACUUUAAACAAGAACAGCAUUGUAGUUGGACCGAGUCUCCAUGGAGAUCGUUCAGAGAGCUGUGUCGGGCUUCGCACUUGACCUGGGACCCAUCAAGGAGCCCCUGGGGUUCAUCCGUGUCCUGGAAUGGGUGUUCACCAUAUUUGCGUUCGCCACGGCAGGGGGCUAUUCGGGGAGCACCCACUUUACGGUCAAAUGCCACGAAAAGCCAAUGGAAGUCAAGCCCGAGUUCUGGUACCCUUUCAGGUUGGCCGACAGAUCCUACCUCAUGCCAACAUGCAAUAGCACCGAAGUGGAAGUAACGUACCUCCAGGGUGACUUCCGCUCCUCUGCCGAGUUCUUUGUGAGCGUGGGGGUGUUUGCCUUCCUGUACUGCACCCUCACGCUGGUCCUCUACCUGGGCUACCAGCAUGUGUACCGGCAGACCAGUCGCGGACCCCUCGCCGACCUGGUGGUCACCGGUGUGUUUGCCUUCCUUUGGCUGGUGUCCUCGUCAGCCUGGGGCAAGGGGCUCACAGACAUCAAGUUUGCUACCAACCCAGACCACCUGAUGGGCAGCCUCAAGGACGAGUAUACCGUGGAGGCAUACGCCUCCAUGGGCCGUCUCAACGCUUCUGUGAUAUUUGGCUUUUUGAACCUGAUUCUGUGGGCCGGUAACUGCUGGUUCAUUUACAAAGAGACGCACUUCCACAAGGACCCCAACGCUCCGGCCCCCAUGCAGGAGGGAGAUCUGCCCGGGCCCUAGACCACUCAGGGGUCAAACACAUCCUUCAUCAAUGGCCAAAUACGCUUUGAGCCUAACAAUCGUUCUUAAAUAUGCUAAAAAGGAAUCCACCGUUAUCCAUCCCUUUUCUUCGUUAGCCACAAUUGAAUCAAAGUUAACCAAUUAACGUGCCAACCAUGUGAUUUAGUUUCUUGAUUUCACAAUAUGAAGAUUGUUAUUAACUCAAUCAUAUGACUAAACCCUGUUAGUGCCUUCCAUUGAAACUACCAUUAAUUAUCUCCACUAACCACAUGUUUUUACACUACAUAGAAAAGACUAAUUUAGCAAUGUUUUGUUGCAAGCCUUUUAUUGAAAGGGCUUUGAUUAAUGGCACAUAAGUGGUACCUUGUAAAGAUGAGAAUCCUCUUCCUUACGAAAUGAGAAAUGCAUCAGAGCUUGGGUUGCAGCUCUUCUAUCAAAGCUGUGACACAGCACCGUGAUGCAAAGGCGACGAGAGCUAUUACUUGCUAAACUAACCUUAUUUGGCAAUAUCGAGCCACAAAUAUGUCUACCUAAACUGUUGGAGAAUAUCCACUCUGAUUUGCUUCUAAUGGCCCCAAAAAUGCAUGAAAACAUAUAUAGGAUCCACCCCAUAAUGACCAUGCCUUCACCAAUGGGAAAAUUGUACUAAUCACACAACCAGUGAGUUAUGUUAUUUUUGUCAAUAUCCAUACAGGUGUUGAUAGAGUAGGUGCCUUAUUCUGCUCAUGCUACUUUAACAUUUUGGGUUACAUUAUGUUAUUUAUUUUUAACAUAACAAGUCAGACACUAUGUCUGACUUGUGUGUGUUGAAAUAACAUCUGCCAUUCAAUCCUAGGAGCAGAGAGGCACAGCUUCCAUGUUUACGUAUAACUGUUGCUCACAACUUGUCCACCUCCCACUGGGGGACUGAAGCCAAACACUAUGACACUAGUCAAAUGGAAGUUCAAUUGUUUCUUUUUAUUGUUUUAUAUUCUGGAGGGUAUAAAAGUAGGUGCUGUGGUCAUUAUACAGAUCUUUUUUUCAGGGUUGGUUAUGGGUUUGUUUUCCUCAUGAAAGCAUUGCGCAGCUUCCUUGUUUUGGACUUGCGGUCCAAUCGUGCUUUAGUAUUUCGUCACACCACUGUGUAGCUAGAGGGGUUCACCUUGUCGUGAGUAAGAGUCACAUUGGUGUCAGAAGGGGGGUGAUGUAAUUAUGUCAUCCUGCUGUAACGCUAGACGGCCAGCUGAUUUCACUGCCUGUAUGAGGGCCUACUUUAACCAGACGGCCUCAAUUAGACUCAAAGCAGCUCUGGCUCUGGUUGUACAAUUUUGUGGAAAUUGUUGAUGUUAUUUGUUACCUGCUUUGUACUACAAAUGUUCUAUGAUUAUAUAAAUGUAGUACUGUGCUUUUCAGAGAUGGCUCAGAAUUGGUAUUUGGUAAAUUAUUGUCUAUGCAAAUAAGUGCCUUGUAUGAGCUUUUUUAUUUAACAGCCUGUGCCUUUGGAUUUGAAGUCAAAUUACACCGAAAGUAGUCUCACUUGUGAUGCAAUAAUAAAAAUAGAAUUACUAUAAUUUGGCUCAAUAUUAAAAGAUGAAUCUUAAUGUUUCACUAUCUUUACUAAUCUGAUUAUAACAUUGAUUGUUCCUUUUCUUAUUGUUCCUUAUUUUGCCUUACUUGGUUUUGCCAAAAAAUGAAAAUUGAACUUUCUAUCCUUGUUUACUAAAAAUAUAUAUUCAUGUUUGAGCUCCCUC